AAUCCGCAUCCCUCACCUACAACCCCACCACUUAACAACAGCACCACCGCUUGCACACAAGACAGCAUCACAUCCCUACUACAAACUUUUGUCAAGACCGAGAACACAGUCGCCCUUACCGUCGAGCGCGCCGUCCACGUCACCGGUGGCACCUUUGGCGAAGGCCCGAGCAACCGCGCAUACCCCCAGAACGCCACGAACCUGCCCGAGGUGUGUGCCGUUAUAGUCAGCGUGAUCAACAACACCGCCAGCGAUGACCUAGGUUCCAGAUCCAACUACCGCUUCGGGCUGUUCCUUCCCCCGGCCGCCGACUGGAACGGCCGUUUCCUGGCCGUCGGCAACGGCGGCCAGAACGGCGGCAUCAACUGGCCCGAGAUGGGCCAGGGCCCGCACUACGGCUUCGCCACCGUCUCUACAGACACGGGGCACAGUAGCAACGACGCCACGGACGGCCUGAUGUGGGCGCUGAACCGACCAGACCGUGUAUUUGACUGGGGAUACCGUGCUGUACGAGGCUCCGUCGCCGUCGCCAAGCAAAUCGUCAGGGCGUACUACCACGGCGGCAAGUCCAGGGCUGACGCUGACCGAAAGAAGAAGAUGUGGUCGUACUGGUCCGGCUGCUCCACCGGAGGGAGGCAAGGCCUCAAAGCCAUCCAGGACGACCCCGACAGCUUCGACGGCGCGCUCGUGGGCGCCCCGGGACACGAAGCACCUGUUCCCCUGGAUCGCCAAGAUCGGCAGGGACAACCUCCGCGACGGCGGCACCGUCAUCCUGGACGCGAUCGACCCGUCCAUCAUGGUACCCCUCGCCGCGCGCGUCCAGCUCCUCUGCGACGCCGCCGACGGCAUGGUCGACGGCAUCAUCAGCGCCCCCGAGCGCUGCGCCGCUAUCAACGUGACCAGCCUGGCCUGCCCCGCCGGGCUCCCCGCCGGCACACCGGCUUGCCUGACCCCGGAGCAGGCGGGCGUCGUGCGCAAAGUGUGGGCCGACUACUUCGUUUCCGACGGGAAAGGUGGCCUGCGCCUGGCCAACAACGGGUUCGAGGUCGGCUCGGAGCUGCAGUGGUACAUCUUCCUGGGCGGCAGCGCGCCGAGCGACUUUGACACGCAGUUUGAGCGCUACCUCCUGUACAACGACACGGCCUGGUCGUGGCGCAACUUUUCAAACCAGGUCGUGCUGGACAGCGAGCGCAUCAACCCGGGCCAGGCGACGGCCGACGACUACGACGUCUCGGCGUUCCGCGAGCGGGGCGGCAAGGUGCUCAUGUACCACGGCCUCGCCGACGGCGUCGUGCCCUCGCGCUCCUCGACGCUCUACUACAACCGCACGCUGGACGCCAUGGGCGGCGGGCGGCGCGGGGCAGGCGGUGUCGGCGUCGACGGCUUCCUGCGCCACUUCCAGGUCCCCGGCAUGCAGCACUGCGCCUUCACGCCCGCGGCCGUCAACGCGCCGUGGAUGUUCGCCGGCGCGGGGCAGGCCACGUGGCUGCAGCUGCUCGACCCGGCCCUGACGACGCCCGACGUCCGCGCCGGCUGGGGCACGCCCGGGUUCCGCGGCGACCCCGAGUACGACGCGCUGCUGAAGCUGAUGGCCUGGACCGAGGGGGGAGAGGCGCCCGACAGCAUCAACGCGGUUGCCUACAACGCCGACUGGUCCGUCUACCGCACGAGGAAGCUUUGUCCCUAUCCGCAACGGGCAAAGCUCACGGGACUGAACCCGAACGUGGCGAGCAGCUGGACUUGUGUUGAGGGUUACAAUGGUAUCUGGUAAUGACUGACGAGCGUGAUGUUAUGAUUAAAUUCUGUACAAAGUCUGUUCCGCCCACCCAAAGCAGCGUCGCGUAGUAGUAAUAACUAGGCAUUAAUCCUUUUUCUUCA